AUGUUCCAGAAAAUAAACCACAGGUUCGUGGAGAGGAGGUACAAAUACAAACCGGUGAAGAUUGUGGAGUUUCACGAGCCACACCAUCAGAGGAUCUUCUACUUGGACUUGAGAGUACUUUCACGUACCAGAUACUCUCAAGGCUCAGUUGUGGCGAAUCAUCAGUUUCAUCUCUCUGCUCGAUGCAACAAGGCCAAAGGGAGGCUUUGCCUUGGCCUGUUCAUCGAGGAAGCCAGGUGGCUUGGAGUGACAAGAUACUCUACGAAUUUAGCGUGCGAGCAAAUCCAUCACAUUGGGUGUAUUCCUUGA